AUGGGUUCAAUAACUCCAUCUUCCGAGACUAGCUCAGCAAGCUCUAUCUCAACAUGCAGUUGCACCUCUCCCCAUCCUCCAUAUCCCCUUCACCCAAGCGUCUUACCUAAACUCGACCCCACAUACAAAUCUUUUUAUGAUACCCAUCUUGUAAACAACCAAGUAGUGCAUCAUCAACCCCUCCAUAUUUCUCGUUCUUCUUCUAUUCUACUCCCUGGUGCUUCAGAUCCGCUAUCCGUGGGAUCUAUUUUUGAUUUGAAAAUCCCUUUCAAUGACUCCCAUGAGGUAGAUAUAGGAAAUGAAAAGAAAGGAGACCGGAUAAAUGAGGGGAACGGGGAGAUAAGUGUGAGAGUAUUUAUACCCAAAGGAGAGAAGCCAGACGGUGGAUGGCCUCUUUGCAUGUAUUUCCAUGGAGGAGGAUGGGUCUUGGGAGGAAUUGAAACGGAAAAUACGGGUUGUACGCAUUUGUGCCAGAGGGGUGAGGUGGUGGUUGUUAGUGUUGAUUAUCGUCUCGCACCCGAAAACCCCUAUCCCACGGCUCCAAACGACUGUCAAACAGCACUCCUCUCCAUCCUCACCCACCCAACGCACUAUUCCCUCCCCAUAAACCCCACUCUCCUCGCCCUCUCCGGUUCCUCCGCCGGGGGAAACAUCGCCGCAGUCCUCUCUCACCGUUUCUCCUCUCUAUUCCCCCAUUUCCGCAUCUCCCUCCAACUACUCAUCGUCCCCGUCACCGACAACACCGCCUCUCCAUCCACCUAUCCCUCCUGGAAAGAAAACGAAUUUUCCCCCGCACUACCCGCCGAAAAAAUGAUGUGGUUUCGUAAUUAUUAUUUACCCGAUCAGGUGAAGUGGGGAGAUGUAGAUGCGAGUCCAUUGUUGAAUGAUGGGGGGUGGGAGGAGCAGCCGAGGACUUUGGUGGUGGUCGGGGAGUUGGAUGUUUUGAGGGAUGAGGGGAUUGCUUAUGCGGGGAUGGUGGGGAGUGCGGGGGUUAAGUGUAGAUUGGAGGUUAUGAGGGGGAUGCCGCAUCCUUUUUUGGCUAUGGAUGGGGUGUUGAAACAGGGGGCUCAGACGAUUACUUAUAUGGUGGAGGAAUUGAGAGAUGUGUUUUGGAAGGGUAAAUGA